AUGGAUGAAAACCAGCUGCGUCAGCUCGAACGUCAGCACAAGUUACGUGUCAAGACUGGCUGCGAGACCUGCAGAGCUCGUCGUGUCAAAUGCGAUGAAACUAAGCCAGAGUGCCUGCGCUGCACCAAAACCGGUCGCAAGUGCGAGGGCUACAAACAUGUUCAGACAGCACGGCACGGCUCGCCUUCAGCUGCUGCCUCGUUCCGAAAUUCGUCAUUCCUGGUUGUUCCUCAGCAACCUCCGUCACCCAAUGUACCCAAAACUCCUACCCGAAGUCUUUCACCAGAUGCCAUGGAGAAUCGCUCUUUUCUCUACUUCCAAGCCCACACGCUUCCAAAGUGGACAGAAUUCUUCGACUCGGAUCUAUGGAGUCAAAAAAUCAUGCAGCUGAGCCAUGUUGAACCGGCUAUCAAGCAUGGCAUCCUCGCGUUGAGCACUAUGCAUGAACGUUUCGAAAGCACAUCGCCAAUUUUCACCAGUAAAUCAAAUGAUUUUGCGUUUGUGCAAUACAUGCAAGCGGUAAAACAUUCCAACGAACUACUCAGGGCGCAUAGCCAAGGCAGGGUUGACGUUGAGAAAGUUUUGAUUGCAUGUAUAAUCUUCACCUGCUACGAGAAUCUAGCGGGCAACUACAGAGCUGCAAAUAUGCAUCUGCGUAAUGGGCUGCUUAUUCUCAACCAACACAAGCGUGGGGUUGCCCCAGAGGUCCGAACUGCUGCGCAAGAAUCCAUCGGCAAUGUGCUGUACCGCUUCGAUCUACAGGCCAUGACUUUCUCGGACAAUACUUCACCUUACGACUAUGGUUUUGACAAUCCCCCAGACUGUCCACAGAUACCGGAGAUGUACACAAGAAAUUCGGAUGCAAGGAACGACCUUGUAGGUCUGAUGAGGUGUAUGAUGUGGGUGUCUGGAAUUGCCAACAUCAACCUGAACGCAACAGACAACCCUAUUUGGCUCCGAUUAUAUUCACAAGUCGUCACCUUCUUUGACCCAUGGGAACGGGCUUUCGACUUGUAUCAAAACAAUCUGCCACCACACGAGCAGGGCGACCCGAAAGUGUACGCUGGAAAUACUCUGCUGAAAAUGUCUUUCAUUAUGACGCGUAUCAUCAUGGCCGCAGGGACUGGUAUGAGGACAGAGAUGGCCUGGGACAUGUUCAAAGACUCAUUCAAGACGAUCGUCGAUUUGGCAGAAACAUUACCUACCCUGACAGCAAGUGUACCGCCAGUUUCGCCGCAGACCUCGACACCGCCGUCUCGAACCGAGACACCACAGCCGCCAUCAUCGAAGCACCGUUCCAUUGCACCAAACCCUGCUGUACCUUCCGUUCCGUCACCUACUGGCCCUGCAACCACGACCUACUUCUCCUCACCCUCGCCAACUAGACAGCCUACAGGGAGCCCGUCCGAGUUUACCCUACCGUCCACAUCCAAGAGAAAACCUCCAUCAUUUUCUCCAUCAUUCGAACUUUCGCCGAUCGUGCCACUUUUCGUAACAGCCUGUCGUUGUCGCGACCCAAUUCUUCGCCGCCGCGCUGUAGCAAUCCUGAUGAAUUGCCGCCGACGCGAAGGCGUUUGGGACUCGUUUGGCGCCGCUAUGGUCGCACUUCAUUGCAUCAAGCUAGAGGAAGGCAUGGACCUCGCUGUGGAUCCGGGGGCCGACAACUGGCUCCCGCUUACAAACAAAUGCAGAGACAGCAGCCAGGUCCAGGAGAGCAAGCGUGUGCAAGACGUCUUUGUCAACGUCAACAUGGCCGACCGCCAGAUAGGCGUCAACUACAUGAUGUGCAACGGCGUGCCCGUCGAAAAGUACGUCAAGUUCUGA